GCACUACUAAUCAGCUGUUCAAAGAUCAAGUUUUUAAUUUUGGUUGCUGCCGGAAAAACUAUUGUUAAAAUAAUGAUGCAACAAUCCAAGCGCAUGCUGCUGCCCCUGCUGAGCGGCUUGCGAAAUUUGCCGGCACGCACUGUAACGACCACGACGGCGGCGGCGCCCGCCAAAAUUGAAAAAACGGUCAACACCGUAACCAUUUUGGGGCGCGUUGGGGCCGAUCCGCAAUUGCGCGGUUCCCAGGAGCAUCCGGUGGUCACGUUCUCCGUCGCCACACACACCAACUACAAAUACGAAAAUGGUGACUGGGCCCAGCGAACAGACUGGCAUCGCGUGGUGGUGUUCAAGCCCAACCUCCGGGACACCGUGCUGGAAUACCUGAAGAAGGGUCAGCGCACCAUGGUGCAGGGAAAGAUCACCUAUGGAGAGAUUACCGACCAGCAGGGAAAUCAAAAGACCAGCACCAGCAUCAUAGCCGACGAUGUGCUCUUCUUCCGGGAUGCCAACAACUAGAAUAGAGGCCCUCAGAAGCCCAGAAAACCAGACCUAAUCUUAAGAACAAAGUUAAACUUGCAGCAUUGUAUGCAUUUAGAAUAUAUGGAUAUAUAUUGUGUUACCAAACGUCA